GACGGUUCAACUUAUGAUAGCUUAGUGACGUCACAUUAGUGAUACGCCAGGCUUCCUGGCAUAAUAAAUGUAUUUUAUCGACUUUUGUCUUAAAUAUGUCCGAUUUCUUUAAAUCAGCAUUUGGAUUUAUUGGGGGCAGUGCUGGUACUCGAGAUGAGCAUGAUUUUGUUGGUCAAUAUGUUGAGCUUGGUAAUCAAAAGCUCCGAGUGAAGAAGAAAAUCGCUGAAGGGGGAUUUGCCUUUGUGUUUGUUGCCCAGGACAAUGCUAGUGGGAAGGAAUAUGCGUUAAAGAGACUUCUUGCCAAUGAUGAGGAGAAGAAUAAAGCUGUGGUACAGGAGAUCAAGUUUCUUAAAAAAUUGACUGGUCAUCCAAACAUUGUCCAGUUUACAGCAGCAGCCUCUAUAGGGAAGGAAGAGUCUGGGCAUGGUCAGGCAGAAUACCUUCUUCUUAUGGAGUUAUGUACAGGUGGACAAGUUGUAGACUUGUUGAACCAAAGGGAAGAACCACUGCCAUGUUCAACAGUAUUAAAGAUAUUCUACCAGACGUGUAAGGCAGUUCAACAUCUCCACAAACAGUCCCCACCUAUCAUUCAUAGAGAUCUAAAGGUGGAGAAUCUGUUGAUCAGUAGUAAAGGGUUUAUCAAGUUGUGUGACUUUGGGAGUGCAACAACAGAGACACAUUAUCCUGAUGAAACCUGGUCAGCUAUGAGACGAAGUCUGGUAGAGGAUGAGAUAACCAAAAAUACUACACCUAUGUACAGAACACCAGAAAUGUUAGAUUUAUAUCAAAAUUUCCCAAUUAAUGAAGCACUGGAUAUAUGGGCCCUGGGAUGUGUGCUAUAUAUGUUGUGUUUUGGUGUUCAUCCAUAUGAAGAUUCAGCCAAAUUGAGAAUUAUAAAUGCCAACUACUCUAUACCAGAGAAUGAUACAGAAUAUAACGUCUUCCAUGAUCUCAUAAUGGGUAUGUUCAAGGUUAACCCUGUGGAUCGUCCAAAUAUAAAUGAAGUGAUAGAUAGACUAGAAGAGAUAGGUCAGGCGAGAAAUGUACGUCUGACUGAACCAUUACCACAGUCACUGCUUACAGAAUCACAGAUACAACAGCCAGUAUACCCGCCCAGUCCAGCAAGGGAACCAGUCAGUGCUGGACAACAAGCUAGCUCAGAUACUGCAGCUGGUUCUCUGUUCAGUUCAUUAAGGAUGGGAGCAGGUAGUCUCAUGAAAAAUGUAAAAGAUGCUUCAGCUAAAGUUGUGGAAACAGUGUCAGCAACGAUGAACAAAUCUGAGUUGGAUAUAAGCUAUAUAACUUCUCGAGUAGCAGUUAUGUCAUUCCCAGCAGAAGGUGUAGAAUCUGCUAUAAAGAAUCAUAUAGAUGAUGUUAGAAAUUACCUGGAAAGUCGUCAUAGAAAUUCUUACGCUGUUUACAAUAUUUCACAAAGACAAUAUAGGAAUGCCAAGUUUGAAAAUAGGGUUUCAGAAUGUGGCUGGCCAGCAAGAAAAGCUCCUACUUUAGCCAACUUAUUUGCCAUUUGUAAAAAUAUGCAUCUGUGGUUACGACAGAAUCCAAAGAACAUCUGUGUUAUCCAUUGUUUAGAUGGUAAAGCAACUUCAGCUACUGUAGCUGCAGCAUUUCUUGUGUUCUGUCGACUAUUUGAUGGACCACAACAAGCACUAACAAUGUUUGCUACCAAGAGAUGUCCACCUGAUGUUAUGCCAUCACAAAGAAGGUAUAUAGAGUACUUGAGUGAAAUGGUAUCGGAAGAUCCAUAUAAACCCCACACAAAAGCUCUUAUACUCAACAGCAUUACUCUAGCCCCUGUUCCUCUAUUCAAUAAAAUGAAGAAUGGUUGUACACCAUUUGUUGAGGUGUAUGUAGGUGAAGACAGGAUAUUAACAACAUCCCAGGAGUAUGAGAAGAUGAAAGGUUUCUCUGAGGCUGAGGGUAGGGUGACAUUACCUCUCAAUAUAUCAGCAGCUGGUGAUAUCACUAUAGUUGUAUAUCAUGCCAGAUCUACAUUUGGAGGCAAAAUACAAGGAAAGAUAACUUCAAUGAAAAUGUUCCAGUUUCAAAUCAAUUCAGGUUUUGUGAAACCGAACCGAACAAAUCUUAAAUUUACACAAUACGAUUUAGACCAACUAGAUACACCAGACAAGUACCCAGAAAGGUUUACUGUCAUGUUAAAUACCACCGUAUCACCUAAAGACCGACCACCAGAACAGAAUUUUCCAUGGGCUAAAUUUGAUGUACAGAAACUUUCACCUAGAAUAUUGUUCUCAAACAAAGAGGAACUGCAGGAGACCAUGGGUAUAUUUGGUAUAUCAGACAGAGGUAAAGCCAGACUGGCUCGAUCUUCUAGUGUCAGUUCUAAUGAGAGUCCAAGUCAUGUUCCGAGUGAAACAAAUAAGCAACCAGUCAAUUCCACCAGUGAUAAUAAAGAUAACCAGUCUACUCAGAAACCAAAACAAGAAGUUCCUACUGCUAACUUUUUUGAAACAUUAGAUUGGGACAAACAAGUUAGUGAACAACCCAAAGAAGUAAGAAUGCCAACAGAAGAUGAGAGUAAUCUCCUAGACAACACCAGUGAUGAUGAGGAUGACUUUGCAUCUUUAACACAACACAGAGUGAGUGGGGUAAAUGGAAAAAGUGAUAUUGGCAAUGUGCAAUCUAGCGAACAAAACAAAGAUUUUAAACCAUUUGAAGCAAAUUUCCAGGAUAUGCCUGGAAAUAAAUCUGAGCCAGAAGUAGACUUCUUUAAUUCAAAUAAUGGAGACAGUUUAGCCAAUGAUAUAGACCUCAUGCAUAUAGAAAAACCUGCAUCAAAUCUUGAUAUACUUUCUGGAACAGCUGGUUCAAGUUCUGCUGACUUUGAUUUAAUAGGUGGAAAUACCAAAAGUGAUAUAUUUGAUCCAUUCCAAGCAUUUUCCAGUAAUACAAAAUCACAAGAUGCACCACCUGUGACUGUAACAGCACCCAACAAUGAAUUUCAUGCAUUUGAUCCUUUUGGAGUUUCCAAUGGAAUGACAGGAUCAGAAAAUAAUGAUGCCAUGGGUAUUGGUAAAUCAAGCUCAUUUAGUUCAAAACCUGCAGCAGAGUCAGGCUCAGGAGAUCUAAUGGGCGAUUGGAACUCUUUUGUGUCAACUAAUUCUAGUCCAAAUAUAUCAAGAAAUAAUUCAUCUUCUAAUCUUGGGGCUGGUGGCAAUAUACCUUAUAGUGGUAGUGGUACAUUCCAACAAAUGGGAGGUGCAAGCAUCCCUAGAAACAAUAGUGGAACAUUCCAAGGGUUGCAGAUGGGAGGCAACAUUCCAAGGGCUAACAGCGGAUCAUUCCAAACAAAGGGUGGUAUAGGUCAAGGAUCAAAUCUUGCUGGAACAGGAACUUCUGGAAAACCUGCUGAUCCAUUUGCAGAGUUUGGUGCUUUUGGGAAGCCAGCAUGCAGUAUGUCACAGCAGAAACAAAACCAACCCCCACAACAACAGCCCAGUAUAUCACCCAUGGGAUCAGGAUAUAAGGGUGGUAUGCAGCAGCCAAUACCAAACCAGCCAGCAGGAGGUGGGAGAGCAAGCCCAAGUACAGCUGCUCCUAGCAACCAGCAGUCAAAGAGGCCAAACUACAAUCAAGGGAGUGUAUUUAGAGACACAGGUUCAAAGAAAGUUCAUGGACAAAAUGCAGGACCAAAAACCCAUGCAAGUAAAGCAACAUUGAUUUUUGUUGCAGGGGGACUAUUUUCCCAAAAAAGUAAAGGGCCCAAAAAAGUUUUGGGGUGA